AUGAUUGAAAAGAGCCAAAAAAUAAUAAUUCCAAUUUAUGCAUUGCAUUACGAUAGUAAAUAUUACACGGACCCUAAAAAGUUUAUUCCUAAAAGAUUUUCGGCUGAAGAAAAAGCAAAGCUGCCAAGUGACAUUCAUCUUACAUUUAGUGACGGACCUCGAAUGUGCAUAGGAAAACGUUUCGCAGAGAUGGAAAUAAAAUUGGUCUUUGUGGAAAUAUUAACCAAAUUUGAAGUAUUUCCAUGUGAUAAAACAGAAAUUCCUCUAAAAUAUUCUAAUAAAGUUUUCACAUUGAUGCCAAAACAUUUAAUUUGGAUAAGAUUUAAAGGAAUGAAUCGACCAAAUGUUAUAUAG